AUGGGAGAAAUACCUGAAAUUGCAAAUAAAUUCAGCUCUUACUCUGUGACACAACUAAACGAGUUGCUUGAAGAUGAUGACAAGCUCAAUAAAAUUGUCAGUGAAACGGAUAAGAUACAGGAAGUCCAGCAGACUAAGGAAAUGACACUUGCCAGUAACCGCAGCCUUGCAGAACAGAACCUCAGCCUUCAACCUGCACUGGAUCAACAGAGGAUCCUGUUAACCAAGCGAUACAUGUGUCUGCAGGAGCUCUUUGAGGCCUACCAGUUCCGCAAGUCCACUUUUGAUUGUAAUUCACAAAACAGCUCACUGGAUACUCUCUUAGCACUUCUACAAGCUGAAGGAGCAAAAAUUGAAGAAGAGACUGAGAAUAUGGCAGAUUUAUUCCUGGAAGGGCAACUGUCUCUGGACUCUUUCAUUGAUGAAUACCAGAGCAAGAGGAAGCUAGCCCAUCUGCGUCGCGUGAAGAUCGACAAACUGGAGGAUGUGGUGCUGAGAGGCCUCCAGCUACCCUGUGCCCCUGUUACCAAGCCUCAGGAAGGUCACGUGUCACCUACCCAGCCUACCAACGGUACCCCUGUACCUGCCCCCAGGAGAACACGACAUUCGCCUCCUCUGUCACAACAAACGUCUCAAACGGCACUUUUACCCUAUCCGGCGAUCCCAUAG